CUUUCACGUUUCACCCAACGAAAACAUGACGUCUCUUACAGAGUUACAGUAACGGUGCUGGUGCGGUGCAACUCGUGCGCCGGCGGCUCAACAUUGUCUGCCGUAAGGUAACUUAGGUCGUUGGAGGUGCUUACCGGCACUAUUUCCUGCCUCGGCCUCCGAAUACGAGCAGCCUACCUCAAUACUUCCCAUACCUUAGUAGCUGCACGCGGGGUUUCCCAACCAUCUUGUCUCGGAGAAGAAUGUGUGGCCUGUUCCUAAUACCUUAAUGCUCCUACUGGCUUAGAAGCUCUCCCCAUCGGAUACCAAGCUUCCCAAGCCACCAAAAACAGCUGUCCAUUUCUGGUCAAUUCCAAGUGCCAAUCCAUCUCAUUUGAGGAAUCAACCAAAUUUACACCAGUCCUCCACAUUAUAUCGUAAUUGACUUCAUUUUGCAAUUGCUUUGCAUCUUAUUAGUCCUCCAUCUAUCGACGACAAUAUGGCUGCUGCAGUGGACACCUCCAACACGGAGCUCAGCAAGCAAUAUGACACCCCAAUGGGUCUGGCUCACUCAACUAUGCAGGCUCUCAAGGACAGAAUCAAGCUUCACUAUGACCUCGCGAGUGACUACUAUCUGAGCCUUUGGGGUGAACACAUCCAUCACGGCUACUGGGAAGACGGCUCCGAAACAAAGGAACAGGCCCAGGUGAAGCUCAUCCAGCUCCUCCUCCAGCUCUCCGGCGUCGGCGAGAACAGCAACGUUCUCGACGUCGGCUGCGGCAUCGGCGGCACCUCCCGCUACCUCGCCUCCACCCUCGGCUGCUCCGUCACGGGCAUCACCAUCUCCACCAAGCAGGUCGAGAUCGCCAACAGGCUCACAAAGGCCGAGGCGGAAAAGCAGGCAUCUUCAGAGUCAUCUGACAAGGCAAAAGAAAUCGAAGCCGACGCCGAUGGCUUCGUCUCGCUCGGCCGCGGCAGGAUCCGCUUCAUCGAGCUCGACGCCGAAAAGAUGGGCGACUUUUUCGCCGGGCAGAGCGCUUCGUUCGACGCCGUGUGGAUCAGCGAGGCGCUGAGCCAUUUCCCCAACAAGGCGCUCUUCUUUGAGAACGCGUUCAAAGUCCUCAAGCCCGGCGGGAAGCUGGCACUGGCGGAUUGGUUCAAGGCGGAGAAUGUCACAGAGACGGAGUUUGCGAACGAUCUCAAGCCGAUUGAAGGUAUGUUGGGCUCUACAUGUGACCUUCUAGGGAGAUGUGGCAAGAAAGAAAUUGAAUGUUGACUGGCUCCAUUAUCAGACGGUAUGCUUCUCCCGCCGCUUUGCACUCAGCAGGGCUACGUCGAUUUUGCAAAGGGCGCCGGGCUUUCCUUGCUCGCGGGCCCAAAGGAUAUCAGCAAGGAAGUGAGCAGAACUUGGGACAUCACAUGGACUCUGGUU